AUGGAGGGGAUGACACGCUUCGUGGUGGCCGCGGCGCGGUGGCGGCCGGCGCUGCCCGCCCUGCUGCCGCUGCUGCUCGCCGUGCCGGCGCUGCGGGGCUCUCCCACCGCAGAUGAGAGAUCCUUGGAACAGCAGAAUUUUUCCUUUUUCUCAACGGUGCAUGAAAGCAUAACAGGCAGCAGGACACAAACAGCCUUAGCAAAAAGUACUUUGGAGUCCCAAGAAAGUAAUUUGCUUCAAACAGUUUUAACAUCAGUUACCACUUCCUUUGAUGGGACUUCACUUAGCCAAGAAGAAACAGCCAGGAUUUCAGAAGGGAGAAGUACACCAUUGGUAGAUGUCUCUGUAAGGAGCAAUGAACCAUUCCUAAGUGAUGAUGAAUUUAUUAGCUCUUUUUCAAAGGCACAAUGGACUCCUCCCGUGAAGUCUUUCGCAGUUUUAACAGAUCAUCACUCAGUUAAUACAGUAGAGCCAUCAAGAGAAAUGUUAGAAACUGUGUUGCUAACACCUUCAUUAUCUGUCCUUUCUUCACUGUAUGAUAUCUCAGAAACAGCACAGCAGAUGACUCCGUUGAGUGCUGUCCCUGAACGCAGCUACACUCUUAUGGAACUAAAGCCUUUUGUACCAGAUCGUGAAAUGCUAACAGCAAGCAGAGACUUGCUGUUGUACCCUCCAAAUACAGCUGUUCCUUUCACUUCCAUUCCUUCUGACACGGGAGUUGUGGCACAGGAAAAUAUUAAUGCAAGUUUAACAGCUCUGCCUUUUGGGGCUGCUUCAGAAGGAUGGCCUCUUCAUCGAAAGCUGCUGGGUGAAACCAGCCCUGGGGCCCCAGGUGCCACAGUGCAAGCUGCAGACCUGUAUGGUGAUGUUUACACCCAUGUGAGCAGCAGGGAAGCAGAAUCUCUCAGUCCAAGGACUUACCCCACUCCAAGCAUUCCCUGGGCCACGCCAGCUUCAGCAGCCAGUGCUGAGCCUACUUUUUUUCCUAUUAGUCUUCCACUUGUGUCUUUCCCUCUUGAUUCAACUGCCAUUUCCGUGAACUCUAGUACAGUUCUUAAUGCCAGCCUGUUUACACGUGAAUUCUCCACUACAGCACCAAAUUUGCCUGCUGGUUCAGAAAUACCAAGUCAAUCAGAGCUCGUCAGUGAGCUCAAGAGUCCAGUGCCUUUCACGAGAUCAUACAGUUACUGUCUGUAUUGCGACUCAGUUUCACUUCUGCCAGAAGUAGGCUUUGCCCCAGAACAUGAUGUGGGCUCAGGUGAUUAUGUUGAGACUUUGUCCAUCAAAGCCUCUGAAGUACAGGGCAUAACUGCAUUUACAACUAUAAUUACCGAUGGGUAUGAAUUAGAAGAACCUACACCUGAGAUUUUUGAUACUUCUUUCCCAUCAAGGCCAGUUGUUUCACUUUCUUCAAGAUUCACAGAAAUCCCUGACUCAAGCAUGUUUUUCUUAAGCAUUACAGACACUAGAACACCUAUAACAGUAUCUCCCUCCUACCAUCAGCUCCCUGGGGAAACGUCAUUGAACAUCUCAGUUUCCCAGACCCUCCCUGUUCUGGAAACAAUUUCAUGGACUCCAAGCACUAAUGCAGAACUUGCUGGGGCCACCACUGUUCUGUUGGACUCUACCAUCAUCCCAAGUGAGCCAGUAACAUCGUUUGCAAUCAGUCGGACAACCUUGCUGGAAUUGCCAGAAUUAAUGCCAUCAGAAUCUGUGAUUUUAUUUGGCAAGACGUCUACAAGGGAUGAACUGUCUUCAAGUAUUUCAGGUUUUCCAUCCAGUCUUUUAUCAACACCAUUUCUUAUUGAAUCUAGCUACUCGUCUUUAUCACUGACCAUGCUAAGUUCUUACUCUGUCAUGCAAAGUGAUUUAUCAACACUCUUACCUCAGACCUUGUUGGCUGGGACAUCAGUACUUUCUGAGGAUGCUACCAGCUGGGACUUAGCUACCACUGUCAGCUCUGCCACUGACGCUGAGGUUUCUCAGUUACAUCUUGACCAAACAUCGUACUUUUAUUCAAAUGCAUCUUCCCUUCCAGAUGCACAGGUUCCUGAAAUAAUGCCAUCAUCAGAUUUUCUCUCAGAGUCGUCUGUGUUUCUGGAAGCAUCCUCGGUACUGCCAGUGGGCUCUGAAGUUGUGUUUACCUCAGCUGCCGCAGGAGCUACCUCUCAGCCGGAGCCUUCACUCUCCACCUCUCACUCAGUGGUUCCUACCCUGGUGCUGCCCACUUCUGACACCCAGUCCAUUACCAGCAGCAUCUUGCUCACUGAAACAAAUCUGAUCUCUUCUUUUACUACCGUUCUGGCAACUCCUGUCUUAAACGUAUCUUCAUCUCUACUUUCAACUGCUCUGGGUUCUGAUGAGGAUAUUGGUGCUACGGUUAGCCCCACGCUGCUUUUGACAUCUGGCAGCAGGGGCAGUGCCCCCACAGACCCUGACAACCUCACAUCAGAUGCCGACACCAUCAGUGUCGUUCCCUCUCCUACAGCAUCUCUGUCUGUGACCUCGUCGUUUGCUCCCACACAAUUUCCUCUGACUGCUAGCCCUCCCCCUGGACAUGAAGUUCCAUCAGGAAGCAGUGUAACUGCUGGUGCAUCAGCUCCUUCCACCACUGUCACCAGUGCUCCGGGCAGCCCAGGGACAUUGUCCUCCCCCUCUCUGAGGACCACCAGCCCAUCUGAAGUGGUGGUUGUAACCUCUGCUGUGACUACUACCAAGCAGCCGUAUGUCUGCGACAUCACCGUCCCUGACGCCUACUUAGUUACUGCGGUGCUGGCCCGAAGAGCUGUACUACGAAAUGUUAGUGAAUCCAUCAAAGAAGUGCUCAGAGUUCAGUUCAGGAGAUCAGUAGAGCUAGAGGUUUAUAAACUUUCCCCCAAAUUUGCUUUCUUGGUGACGUCUGGUCCCUUUGUUUACACAGCAAUAGCUGUCAUAAAUGUGCUUGUGAACAGCAGUCUUCUUCGUGGGGAGGCCCCCAUGAUCCUCUCACUGCAUCCAUCUUUCACUGUGCCAGACAACAGAUUCCAGGUUCAGACAGUGCUUCAGUUUGUACCUCGAAAUGUGGAUAUUGGGUUCUGCACCUUUAGCCAGCGCAUUGAGAGAGGGCUGACAAUGGCAUUCCUGGAGGUGAACAAACACCAGGAAUUCUACAACUUCACUGUGCAGAUACUGAAUAUAACUCUGAGCAGGCCUGGGGUGGCAUUUCGACAGGGCCCUGUGAGCAUUGUUUUUGCCAUCCGAGAUAGGUACGGUUUUCUCAAUGGCUCUGAAGUCAGCGAGCAGCUCAGAAACUUGUCUGUGGUGGAAUUCAGCUUCUAUCUGGGCUUUCCUGUGCAGCAGAUUGCUGAACCCUUUCAUUAUCCUAAGCUUAAUGUGUCCCAGUUGAUGAAGUCUUCCUGGGUGAGAACAGUUCUCCUGGGUGUCGUGGACCAGCGGAUUCAGGAGGAAGUGUUCCGGGCUGAGAUGGAGAGGAAACUCGCUCACCUGUUCAACGAGGCUUUGGUCAGAGGGCGCGUUUGGAGACGGGCCAGUUUUGCAGGCAGCAACAUUGUGCAGAUUGUGAACGUGUCACGCUUAGUUGGUGUUGAUAACCCCGUGGAGCUGAUCUAUUUCGUGGAGGACCAAGAUGGGGAGAGACUGAGCGCUCUGAAGUGCUCAGACCUGAUGAACAGAGUGGAUAUCCAGCGGGCUGCCAUCAUCCUUGGGUACCGCAUUGAAGGCAGCGUUGCGCAGCCUGUGGAGAAGCUGAAGGAGUCCACUUCAGAGACACAGAAUAGCAACCUCUGGAUUAUUGUUGGGGUAGCAGUCCCGGUUGCCGUGGUGCUCCUGAUUGUUAUUAUUUUAUACUGGAAACUCUGCCGAACAGACAAGCUGGAGUUUCAGCCAGACACAGUGAGCAACAUUCAGCAGCGACAGAAGCUACAAGCCCCCAGUGUGAAAGGCUUUGAUUUUGCUAAGCAGCAUCUGGGCCAGCACAAUAAAGAUGAUGUCCUGAUUAUCCAUGAGCCAGCUCCUUUACCAGGACCUAUUAAGGAUACUACCCCAUCUGAAAAUGGAGAUGUGCCCAGCCCCAAAUGCAAGACUUCCACAAAGCCUUCAAAGACUGCUCGACACAGAGGGAGAAUUUCACCAUCAGAUGCUGAAUCCACAGCAAGUGAACAGUCCAGCGGGAGAGAGACGGGGGAAGAAACUGCAAGACCAUCAACUGUUGCAAACGAGGGCAAGCCACGAAGAGCAGUGAAGAAGGGAGCAAACAGAGUGGGACCUCCUCAGACCAGCAGUGGGAACGAGCAGCACUCCUCAGCCUCUAUCUUUGAACAUGUGGACAGGAUGUCCCGUUCCUCAGAUGCCAGCAGACGCGUCCCAAGCAAGAUCCAGCUGAUUGCCAUGCAGCCCAUGGCAGCACCUCCAGUUCAGAACUCAGUGCUCUCUGAUCGAGUAGCAGAGACCAACAAAAUCAAUAAAGAGAUACAAACAGCCCUGAGGCAUAAAUCCGAGAUCGAGCAUCACCGCAAUAAGAUUCGCCUCCGCGCCAAGCGUAAAGGGCACUAUGAAUUUCCAGUGGUGGAUGACGUGGUGGUGGUUGACUCCAAAGAACAGCACAGAAUAUAUCGCAAGGCACAGAUGCAGAUUGACAAGAUCUUGGACCCUGGAGGCAGUGUGCCUACUGUCUUCAUAGAGCCCAGGAAGAGUUCUCGUGCAAAACGUUCUCCCAAGCAGCGCCGUCGCCAUCAGAUAAAUGGGAGUCCGAUUGAUGCCGAGAAGGACAGGUUAAUCACAACUGACAGUGAUGGGACAUACAAAAGGCCUCCAGGAGUCAAUAAUUCUGCAUAUAUUUCCGAUCCGGACUUGCCUCCCGACCCGCAGACGUCGUCCUCAGCGGACGCGGGCAAGUUGCCCGGCCUGCCCUCGCACCCGGUGUCGCAGUACGUGCCCCCGCAGCCGUCCAUCGAGGAGGCUCGGCAGACCAUGCACUCCCUGCUGGACGAUGCCUUCGCGCUGGUGGCUCCCAGCGGCCAGGCGGCCAAUUCCACGGCCGCUCCUGCGCCCGGGGUGUCGGCGGGACAGCCGAGAUACAUGGAAUUUGGAAUGACUCCGCCAACAGCACCAGGUCUCCUACCAAGGCAGAACUUUGGGCCAGGUUUUCUUCAGCCUGCAGAGUUAAUGCAUGGAGAGCAGCCACCACCUGAGGUUCAGUAUUCCUCCAGAGGGAUGUACUCAGAGGAAAUGCCACCAGUGGCACGGCCACGACCCCUUGGAAGCACUGCAGGUUCUCAGAUACAGCACCUCACUCAGGUGGGAAUUGCUAGCAGGAUCGGAGGUCAACCAGUGGAGAUCCCCUCAGGCAGAGCAGGGCAUGGCCAGCCGGGGGGGCCAGGGUGGCCCCAGUAUCGUGGAGAGGAUGAAUGUGCUAGGCGAGAUGCAACGCAUAUGCAUGGACACCAAGAAUAUUCCUCCUCACCAGUAUUCCAGAUGCCGAGGACUUCAGCCAGGCAGCCCUCAGCACCUCCUGCUCAGCUUCCACACAACAGCCUUCAGGGCCAGGGCCUUUGCUACACCACCAGUUCCACUGAGGACCUCCAGCCAGGUCACUCGUCAGCCUCUCUUAUCAAAGCAAUUAGAGAAGAACUUCUGCGACUUUCUCAGAAACAGACAGCAGUGCAGAACUUCCAUAGUUGA